GGUGUGUUCAGUGAGUGUAGCAACCAGAAGGGAUGAUUAAAGAUGAUACUUUAUGGAUUGUUGUAGCGGUCUGUUGUGUUGUAUUGUUCAUCAUUACAGUAGUUAUUGCCUUUAUAGCAUUUAAAAUGUUUUGUUGCAGACGUACUGGACCACCAAGAAUAAUACGUCAAAGUGCCGAGAAUCAAAGUGCAGCAGUUCCAAUGUCUGAUAUGAAACAAAAUCACAAUAUUUCUGAUGAAAGACAGGUAGAACAACAUCGAAAUAUGAUGGAGGAACAAGUCCUCAAAAUAUUCAAAGAAUCUCCACAUCCAGAACCGUCUGCACCCCCUCUUCCACCGGAAUAUUAUAUGGAAUAUACUUGACACUCGAUUGGAAAUAAAAUUAUAUUUUGUGUGCGCUUAAAGUCGGAUACUUAACAUUUAACUGACUUCUUAGUUGAAGUUCAUAGAAUGAAAAACAUUUAUAUUUGUGUCAGUUUACCAUUAAUAAUCUUUCCAAGCAUUGCUUGCUUUUACCUACGUGACUUGGAUGAGCCGCGGCAAAUAUUUGUAAACACAAUUAUUUACAUAAAAUUUGAUUCAAUGUUUUGCACAAAAUGUCCUACCUUAAUACUCAUAUAAAGUUACGAGAAACAAAUUUUAUUUGUGACAGGCCGUGGAAGCUGAUGUCAAAAUCGAUUUGAUCUGAACACAUUAGAAUGUUUGCUUUUUUCUGCUUGCUUUUUCAUAAAACGGUCUUCCAAUAAUAUGGCUUUCAACUCGAAAUCAUAGUUUAAGUAGAUUAUUUUGAAGAAGCAGUCGAUCUUUAAAGAUGCAGCCAUUUGCUGUUUAUUAUUAUUCCACACUUUAGUAUUUUGUAAAAUAAAAAUAAGAUACAUGUAUUACAAUAACAGAACUUAAAUGUCUUUGUUCAUACAUCUUUUCCUCAUUAACACAUGCGUGGACGGAAUGGAAUAAAGUAGAUUUUAAGCAAGAUUACUGAGGGAUUUUUUACGUUUGAAUAAACAGUGAUAUUGUCGAAUCAAUCUCAUGAUUUAAAUAGUCGUUGGCACGGUCGGUUAAGGGUUCUUAUUCAAUGACCUUUGAGCAGUAAGAUACAUCAGUAAAAUAUACUGGUAUUAUUAGAAAAUGACCUAUUUUAGUUCCACCGUAAGGUACUGAUGUAAGAAAUUAGGAAACUCAUUUUGUCAUGUUUUUUAAUUGGUUAAAACUAAAGUAUACGUAUUUCAUCCUCCG